AUGGCGCGUUUUAAAAGGAUAUUAUUUCCCCCGCUGCUGUUUCUCGCAGUGUUCCUGCCAGGUGUGCGGUGUUUCAGCGAGUUGUUUUUCGUUAAGGAGCCCCGAGAUGCCACGGUCCUGCGUAAAGACCCGGUGAUCAUGGACUGCCAGGCUCAGGGCGAGCUUCCCAUCCAGAUCCGCUGGCUAAAAAACGGAUCACCUGUCCUCGAGUCGGACCGCGUCCACAAACUUACCAACGGCUCGCUCUUCAUCUCGGAGACCGAAAGCCGAAAGGGAGACAAAUCGGACGAAGGGUCGUACCAGUGCCUUGCUCAGAACAAAUACGGAGCUAUCCUGAGCCAGAAAGCUCGCCUGACUAUCGCAAGUAUUUCCACAUUCACCCAGCAGCCUUCCUCCAUAGUAGUGACGGAGGGUUCGGUCGCACGCUUCUCCUGCAAAAUCAGCGCCGUACCUCCACCAAUCAUCACCUGGGAGUUCAACCGAGUCACCUUACCGCUGGCCACCGACAGAAUCACGGUGCUGCCCGGCGGCGUGCUGCAGAUCCAGGGAGUGGACCAGAAAGACGGCGGAAGCUAUCGAUGCGUGGCGACGAACAUCGCCAGCCGGCGCAGGAGCAUCGAAGCCACGCUGACCGUAACCCCAGCUCCGUCCCCCAGAAUCCCCCAGCGGCCGCAGAUCAUCGCCGGGCCGCGGAACGUCACGGUGGCGGCUCACGGGAGCGCCCUGCUAGAGUGCGCGGCGGUGGGAAAUCCCCGCCCGCUGAUCUCAUGGAGCCGCGCCGACCACAAGCCCAUCGACGUCUACAACACCAAAGUGCUCGGGAACGGCAACCUGCUCAUCUCCGACGUCAGGAGGCAGCACGCGGGCGUGUACGUGUGCCGAGCGACCACGCCGGGAACCAGGAACUUCACGCUCGCCGCCGCUAAUAUCACCGUGCUCGAACCGCCGUCUCUGGUGGAGUGGCCGGAGAGUCUGACUCGCCCACGCGCCGGGACCGGGCGCUUCGUGUGCCAGGCCGAGGGCACGCCCACUCCCCGCAUCACAUGGCUCAAAAACGGGGAGGCUGUUCACUCUAACGGACGCAUCAAGAUGUACAACAGUAAACUGGUGAUAAACCAGAUAAUCCCCGAGGACGAUGCGAUCUACCAGUGCCAGGCCGAGAACCAGCAGGGCUCUGUCCUGUCCACGGCGCGCCUCAUCGUGGUGAUGUCAGAGGACCGGCCCAGCGCGCCCAGGAACGUCCACGCCGACACCGUCUCCAGCUCGGCCAUCCUGCUGGCGUGGGAGAGACCGGCGUACAACGCCGACAGAGUCAUCGCCUACUCCAUACACUACAUGAAGGCCGAAGGUCUUAACAACGAAGAGUACCAGGUUGUCAUCGGCAACGACACCACGCGCUACAUCGUCGACGACCUGGAGCCGGCGCAGAACUACACCUUCUACAUCGUGGCGUACAUGCCCAUGGGAGCCAGCCGCAUGUCCGACCACGUCAUCCAACACACACUCGAGGACGUUCCCCUGCGUGCCCCAGAGCUCUCCCUCACCAGCCGCAGCCCCACCGAUAUCCAGGUGUCCUGGCCGCCGUUGGCGCCGAAGCUGAGCCGCGGCCGUGUCUCGGCGUAUCGGCUGUGGUACCGGGCCGGCCCCGAGGGAGCCACCACGCAGCUGGAACUGCCCGGGGACCAGACACGGGUCCUGCUGGAGGCCCUGCAGCCCGACACCACCUACCUGCUCAGGAUCGCCGCCUCCACCAGUAUGGGCUGGGGCGAGCCGUGCGUCUGGACCUCCCACAGGACACCCAAGACCUCCAGCAGACAAGUGCCCCUGGCGCCGGAGCUGCAGUUGGAGCCCCUGAACUGUACGACGCUCGCCGUGCGCUGGCGUUUAUCCGCGGGGAGUCCAGUGGCCGGCCUUCAGGGAUUCAGACUCUUCUACCACGAGGAGAGCCAGCCCGAGAGCGCGCCCAUCCAGAUACCAGCCCACGUCAACCAGCACACCAUCGGAGGCCUCGACCCCAGGAAGAAGUACCAUGUCAAGCUCCUGGCGUUCAGUUUCGUGGGCGAGGGUUACCAGGCCGAUCGCACCAUCAGCACCCCGGGAUGCGUCUCCGUACGCGAUCGUCUGGUUCCUCCUCCCCCUCCGCCGCAUCACGUCUUCGCCCGCGCUAACGGCUCCUCCUCCGUCUUCCUGCACUGGGCCCAGCCUGCCUUCACCGCCGCGCAAACCGUCAACUACACGGUGCGCUGCAACCCGGUCGGCCUCCAGAACGCCUCGCUCGUCCUCUACUUACAGACCGGCGCUCAGAGUCUGCUCGUGAAGGACCUGCAGCCCAACACGCGCUACGAGUUUGCUGUGCGGCUGCACGUGGAUCAGCUGUCCAGUCCAUGGAGUCCCGUGGUGUAUCAGAGCACACUGCCCGACGUCCCAGCUCUGCCUCCUUCUGGAGUUAAGGUCACUCUGAUCGAGGGAGACACGGCGCUGGUGUCGUGGAAAGCACCGAACGAGCCCAACGUCGCCGUGACCCGCUACACCGUCCUGUACGCCUCACGCAAAGCCUGGCUCGCCGGCGAGUGGCAGAUCCUGCAGAGAGAGGGAAGCGUCACCAUGGCUCUCCUGGAGAACCUGCAGCCCGGUAACGUCUACCUGGUCAAAGUCUCGGCGUCUAAUCAGAUGGGAGACGGGCCGUUCUCACCCGCCGUGGAGCUGAGCGUCAGCGCUGACGGACAGCCCGGACACACCCACCGCUCUCACGGCUCCGCCCACGCCACAGUGUUCUCGGAUCUGGACCAGCGCUCCAUGGCGGGUAUCAUCGUGGGAGUGUGUAUCGCUCUAACGUGCAUUAUCCUCUGUGCCUUCAUCCUGGUGUGUCGAGAGAAAGCCAGGAAAUCCUGCACCAGUAAAGUCAUCGGGCCCGGACACGGUCAGGCUCCGCCCACUACUGCUCACACAGCCAAUGAGUAUCAGGCUGAGAGCGCGCACGUCCUGGUGCCCAUGAUGACAGAACACUUCAUCGACGCAAAGGGCGGGACAGAUCUGAUCAUAAACAGUUACGGCCCCGUCAGACCCUCGACCGAGAGGAAGAAGGCGCAGAAGUGGGGUUUGUUUCGGAAGGAUGGGAAGCAGACGCCGCAGUCCCCCGUCUCCUCCUCCGCGUACCAGACGGGCUCGACUCUGCUCUGCUACUCCAUCGGGUCUCCAGGAAGUCCCUCGCUGCAGCAGCCCUCGUCUCUGCAUGCCCUCCUGGGGCCAGCGGGAGGCGACAGCGAGGGCUCUCACUCCAGCGAGGGCAGCCACGAGACCGGCGACUCCGGGCGCUACUCUCACGACGAACACGACCUCGCCAACAUGUCGCCGGGAAGCUCGGGGAGAAGUCCCGGUCACGUGACCACAGAGCACGCGCUGCGUCUCGCCAUCGAACUGGAGGAAGUGACAUCACCGUCUCUCAGUCAGGACUGA